AUGAGGAGAGCUGAAGAGAGCUCACCAUUUCGCAAGCCGUUCAGCAUGGCGGCUGCUCCGUUACGUUUUAGGGGGAUGCCCCGGAGGAGUCGCUUUGUGGUGUAUGCGUUGGUGUUUAUCAGUUUCUUGUAUCUGAUACCGAGGAUGCACUUGGGUAUGGGUGGGACAUUAUUGUUUUUCUUGAUAUCUCCCGAGGCUGCUGGACCUUAUGGGGGUGGACACAAGGUUGAUAUCUUGCGAUAUGUUGAUCCCUUGAUCGGGACGACGAAUGGUGGUCAUGUUUUUCCUGGAGCAUCACUGCCCUAUGGCAUGGCCAAAGCAGUCGCCGACACAAACAGCCACGCUGAAAACGCCGCCGGCUUCGUGUCUGACAACAGCGAGAUCCUCGGCUUCUCACAUAUGCACGACUCUGGGACAGGCGGCCAGCCAUCCAUGGGUAACUUUCCCCUUUUCGUCCAUGCAGGCUGCCCAGAGGAUGAUCACAAGCAAUGCGUCUACUCCCUCAUGGACCGCCCCAUCGCCAGAGUCAACGGCUCCGCCUUUGCCGCCCCAGGAUAUUUCAGCCUCAACCUCACCAACCAUGUGCGCGCAGAGAUGACAGUCACUGAACACACAGCUCUGUACCGCUUUUCCUUCCCAGGAAACGACACCCUCACGUUGAAGAGCGACGACCCGCUCAGGAAGAAGGAUGUCGAUAUCACUUACUCGCCUAUUAUCCUUGUUGAUUUGGUUGAUCUGAUGAACAGCAGGUCAACGGGCGGGAUCCAGGUGUACAAUCAGUCUGGACGUAUCGUCGGUGAAGGACAGUAUCAGCCUUCUUUCGGAGCGGGAAGAUACAACGCCUUUUUCUGUGCCGACUUCAAAGGUGCUGCCAUUAGAAAGACGGGGACGUUUAUCAGUAAUAAUGCCACUGAAGGAGUCAACUUUCUGGAUGGGGUCGGUAAUGGCUUUUACAUCCCCUCUGGCUCGGCCGGUGCCUGGAUUCAGUUUGAAAAACCGGUUGAGAACAACCAUGAGAUUAUGGCUAGGGUGGGCGUGUCUUUUAUCAGCGUGGAACAAGCUUGUGACAAUGCUGAGAGAGAGAUUGCGGACUACAACUUUGAGAGGGUGGAGAGACAUUGCUGUCGCCACAGAAUUAUACGGGGGAGAAUCAGCUGUGGAAUAAUUCCACCGAGCCAUACUUCGACUCGUAAGUCUUUGCCCAAGACAGCAGAUGCAGGACGACUAACAUGCCGCAGAUUCUACUGCAUCUGGGACUCCUUCCGAGCCCAGCACCCCCUUCUGACCAUCAUCGACCCCCCAGCCCAGACAGACAUGAUCCGCGCCCUUAUCGACAUCUACCGCCACGAAGGAAAACUCCCCGACUGCCGCAUGUCCUUCAGCAAAGGCUACACCCAAGGCGGCAGCAACGCCGACAUCGUCCUCGCCGACGCCUUUGUCAAGAACCUCACCGACAACAUCGACUGGGACACUGCCUACAAAGCCGUCCUCUCCGAUGCGGAAGAAGAGCCCCAAAUGUGGGGUGUCGAGGGCAGAGGCAACUUGGAAAGCUGGCAUAAACUGGGGUACAUCCCCUGGGACGACAUCGACACCAACGGCACAGGCCCAAUGUCCCGCUCCAUUUCCCGCGGUGUGGAAUACGCCUACGAUGACUUUGCCAUCUCCCUCCUCGCCUCCGGCCUUGGCCACGACGCAGACGCCAAAAAAUACCACCAGCGCGGCUCCAACUGGAGAAACUACUGGAACCCGCAACAGGCUGACCUCUACCGGGAAGACCCAGACGGUCCGGUGCUCAAGACAAAGUUCAAGGGGUUCAUGCAACCGCGCAAACUAGACGGCUCGUUCCGCUAUGAAAACACCCGAGCUUGCUCCCCGGUGCACAACAUGCACAUCUGCUACUACGACACUCAUCUCAGCUCCUACGAGGGCUCACCGUGGCUGUACUCAUUCUUUGUCCCGCAAGACAUGGACAGCUUGAUCACGCUUAUGGGGGGGCCGGACGCGUUUGUGGAGAGGUUGAAUUACUUCCACACGAGCGGGAUUUCGUACAUGGGGAAUGAACAGGGUUUUUUACCUGUUUUCCAAUUCCAUUAUGCCGGGCGACCGGCGAUAUCUUCUUACUGGGCGCGCUCUUACAUCCCUUCGCUGUUCAACAGUUCAGUAAACGGCAUCCCGGGUAACGACGACUGUGCCAUGGGUGCAUUCUCGGCGUUUGCAAUGAUGGGGUUUUUCCCCGUUGCAGGACAAGACGUCUACCUGCUCACGCCCCCGUUUUUUAGGGAGGUGAAGAUCAAGGCGAAGUCGGGGGGAAACAAGUGGGCGGUGAUCAGGGUCAAGAACUUUGAUCCGGAGGGGAGGAGGAUAUACAUCCAAUCUGCCACCCUAAACGGGAGGAGAUACACCAGGAACUGGAUCACGCAUGAGUUUUUUAUCAAGGGGGGCAUCCUCGAGUUUGUGGUGGGCGAGGAGGAAGGGAAGGAGUGGGGGAGGGGGGAGGAGGGUAGGCCGCCUAGUUGGUACGGUGAUGAGGAUUUUGGGGAUUGGGAUGGGAAUAAGGGGGUGGAGGGGGUGGAUGCGGAGGAGGAGGAGAGGCAGGCGGGGAGGAGGGGGAGAUAG